AUGUUAGAGCAAUUAAGUAAUCCACUCCACUAUUUAAGUACUUCAGAUAAUCGUACCAAAUUACAUUUAGAUAGAGUUAAAGAGUGGAGUGAUAAAUGGCUAGUUCAGCAGCAAAUUACAGAUAAGAUAGCUAACUGGGUUGUUAAUUUGGAACCCAAAGCUGGAGUAGCAUUUGGGAAUGUUAAAACACAUAAAAACAACAACCCUCUUAGACUUAUCACAGACUGCGGGACUGCCAUAGAAAGGCUCUCGGUAUUUACAGAAUUCUACCUUAAACCAUUAGCCCAGAAACUACCUGCUUUUAUUAAGGACACGACCCAUUUAAUCAAUGAAAUAGAUAAGCUAAAUAAGAAGGGUCCUUUGCCACCUGACACGUUAUUAGUAUCAUGA